AUGUAUCUCCCGCGUUCUCUCAUAUCCAAGCUCUACUCGCACCUCCAAAACACUCGACAUCCUCUCUCCCCGGCCGUUUUGAUCCUCGUCGCGCUCGAACCGGACGCUCUUUGCGCUUGCCGUAUCCUUACUCGCCUCCUCAAACAUGACUACAUUCCGCACAAGAUCCAGCCCGUCGCGGGCUACAGUGAUCUGGAGAAGGCCGGAAGGGAGCUUGUGGUCCCGAUGAUGGAGUCGAAGGGAGGUAGUGGAGGAGUUGUCGUCUGCCUCGGUGUCGGAGGCAUGGUCGAUCUUGGCCCGCUGCUGGGACUAGAACCUGAAGGCGAAGAGUCUCCCUACAGUGGCGUCGAAGUCUGGGUCUUUGAUGCUCAUAGGCCUUGGAACCUGGCCAACGUCUUUGGCGGCUUUCCGCUAGAGCCCGCCAACCAAGUGUCGAGUUCAUACCAGUCGAGGAGCCCGGCGGGAAUCACAGGAGGCGCCAUCAAUCGAUCGUACAACUCGGGCAAAGGAGGCAUCGUGGUGUUUGACGACGGCGAUAUUGAGGGGGAUCUCAUGACGGAGCGUGAUGCGUAUCUUGCGCUUCUGGAUAUGCCAGACAUUGAGGAGCAGGGCGACGAGGACUCCAGCGAAGAUGAGGAUGAUGAUGAAGCCCAUUCUGGUCAGGAAGAGUCAGCUCAUGCAGGACAGAAGAGAAAGAGCUUAAACGAGGACGAGUCUAGUGACGACGAGGAAGAGCCGCCUCGCCAACGGCGACGAAGUAAUUCCUCAAGUUCCAUAGCCAGCUCUCCUCGCAGGCCGAAGCCCAGAGGCCUACUGUCAAUCCGAGAUCCUGCAGUGCUGUCGAGUGACCCCGUCGAGCCUCCAUCAGGGGCCCAACCUCCGCCAAAAGUUUCUGCCCGUACCUUGCGAAAGCGAUUAUUACGAAUGCGACAAGAAAGAGAAGCCGUCCUACACCAAUACUACAGGAUGGGCUCGUCCUUUGCAGAACCCAUCUCGUCCAUGAUGUACUCGUUGGCCUCCGAACUAGGUCGCGAUGACAAUGACCUUCUCUGGCUGGCUAUAGUAGGAGUUACAUCGAUGGAGCUUUACGGACGGUCAUCAGCGGGCGUGGCCGCCCCCGUCCGCUCUGGUGGAGGUGGGAGGCCGUCUGGUUGGUUUGGCGUGCGAGGUGCUCGCCUGCGACAGCUCUUGCGAGAUGAGGUCCGGAGGUUGAACCCGCCAGAAAUGACAAACGGAAAAGUUGCCCCUGAAAAUAAUGGCAUCAUACCAACCACGGCCAGGAACCCUGAAGACACGGGCAUUCGCCUGUCACCAGAGCCAAGGUUUCUUCUGAUCCGACACUGGAGUCUCUACGACAGCAUGCUUCACUCGCCAUAUCUCUUUUCUAGGCUAAGAACUUGGAGCGAGGCGGGUAUCAAGCGGCUUCACAAGCUUCUCGCCAAGAUGGGAGUCAGCUUGGCGCAAUGCAAACAGAGCUAUACGCACAUGGACAUGAUGCUGAAGCGCGAGCUGAGAGCAAAGCUUUUGAAGUACGGAUCUCUAUACAACUUGGACGAGAUGGUCCCAGCGGUCGACACGGACGGCAAAGAUCGAGCGGGAGCCAAGGAUGGAUGGGGCUUUGUCCGCAGCUGGGGUUGGCGUGCCACCCUCAGCGCUCAGGAUGUUGGCAUUAUCAUUGGUGCUCUGCUAGAGGUUGGACAACAUGCUCAGACUUUGGAAACAACGAGCGGAGGACCAAGCCAAGUGACCCGCGAGGUGGAGGACGAGUCAGAGUUGACUGCGCAGGGCGAGGAGUAUAUUGGACGCUUCUGGGAAGCGUAUGAUGCAUUGGAAAAUAUUGAUGCUCUCAAAGCCGGACUACCAACGGCACAAUUCCUGCACCGCGCAAUCUACCGAACAGGGACAUCUCUCAUCAACAAGAAGCAAAUCAAGCAUCUCCGUGCUUUCCGCAUGUGCGUCGUCAAAGAUGGCCCAGAUGUUGCUCUCUUCACCCACCCAGCCGCCUUGACAAAGCUGGCUCUCUGGAUAGGAGAGGCUUUGGCUGAACAAGAAAAGGAAUCCCAGGGAAAGCUGUCUCAUGGCGGUCGUGGAACACCCCUGGUAGUGGCGAGCUUGAACGAGAAGCGUGGAGUCUACAUCGUCGUUGGUACUGGUGGUGGCGGAGGACCUGAUAGCGUGUUUAUGAACAAGGCUACUAAGCAAGAGAGGCAAUCAAACAAAGAGGCCAAGGCAAAGAAGAAAGAGGAGGCGCGAAAGGCAAAAGAAAAGAUUCGGGAGGAGAAGCGUGCGGCUAAACGAGCUGCGAAUCAAGGCAACGACGACAACGAUGAUGAUGACGAACUAGAGACGGAAUCUGAAGCGUCAGACUCGUCUGAAUCGGAAGACGACUCGGAUGACGAAGAUGCUGAGAACGAUAGAGGGUACGGCUUGAACAAGUUUGGCAACGCAUUCCAGGAAGUCGUCUCUGAGACGAGCGCGCGUGUCCGAAUCGACAGCUUCGAGCACUCUGUCGUGGAAGUCAAGAAGGAGGAUCUGGGAGGAUUUCUCGAGAGUCUCAGUGAAAAGGCCGUGGUGGGUUAA